AUGAAACCAAUUGCUGCAACAGGGCUAGAUAUUUUACAACAUGUGUGUAUUGGAUAUCUAUUACCAACAAUUACAUCUAUAAACAAUGAAUUUAAUAAUUUAAAUUUCUGUAGACCAUUGGUUCAUGCUUUAAAAUAUGGAUUAACAAAAAGAUACUUUUAUUGAUUUUUUUUAAUUUUUAUAAUAAUCAUUAGAAUUCAAUUAAAAAAUGAUAUAUGUACGCCAAUUUAUAUUUUCAGGUUUAAAAAUUACAUGCAGUCAAAAACACUACAAGUUUCUUCCGCAUUGGUACCAAAGUUUAAAUUAAUUUAGGCUAAUCCCGAAGACAGAAACAUCAUAAAACAAUAUGUUAUUGAUCGUGUGCAUUUUCAUUUUUAUCAAAACAAAAAUCUUUCUUCUCUAAGUUCUUCAAAUCUUGAAACAAACAGUGAAGAUGAAGAUGAUUUUUUCAAUUUCUCAGUAGUUAAUUCUGAUUUUAAAACUUUAGUUACAAAUUAUUUAUCAAAUACUAACAUUAAGGUACCACUUGAAUUAAAAAAAUCUUAUAUAAAAUUUAGAACACAGCUGUUCAUAAAUACCAUCAUCUGCACCUGUAGAGAGAUUGUUCAGUGCUGGGGGUCAAUUAUUUGAGAAAAGGAGAGGAUCCAUUUCUGAUCAAAAUUUUGAAAUGUCUAUUUUGUUAAAAUAUAACAAAUAUUUUCAAUAAAAAUAUAAAUUAUGUUUUUUCUUUGUAAUUAAUAUUGGAUAUAUAUAUUUUAUGUUUAUAGAUAAUAUCUAUUAUGAGAUUAUCGAUUAUCUUAUUUAUAUAUUACCUAAAUGAUAUGUAGUGACUUUCAACAAUGCUAUAUAACAACUGCUAUAGUCAUGACUCGUGACUAUUUUAUUAUUUAUAAUGUUUUGCAACAGCUUAAGUACAAAAUUGGUAAACUCUAAAUAAUUGCAUAAUAAUUCAUAAGUUUUGAAAAGACAACUUUUAUGUAUUUUAAAUGUAUAGUUAGUUAUAUUUAUAUCCUAUAACAGGUAUUUAAAUUUUUUGUAUGAAAGGUUUAAAGCUUAUACAAAAUAUGUAAUUUUUUAAUUUAUUUAUUAAAGGUUUAACAUUUGUUGUUUUGUUUUUAUCUAAAAAUAUAAUACAAAUAAUUAUGGUUUUACUGAUAAUUUUUUCCAUAUUGGGCUGAGCCUAGUCUUUUAAACUACACGGUGGCUACACUUUGUCUGCCCAGUAUAGAAAAUAUAUUUGGGUGGUGGGUACUGUCUGUUUGAUUUUUAAAAUUCAGUGUGAAUCAAUUAAAAAUAUUGGUAUCUAAGCAGUUAGGAGAAAACUAUCAAUGGUGGUUUUUUUUUUUUAAAUUUUUGGAUGUAAACCACUUGAGUAUAUUGAUUUGAGUAUGAAUUCAGAAUUAAGAUUUAUUUUAGAAAAGUAGGUUUUUUGAUAGCCAGUUAAUACUUUUAUAUAUCAUUUUAAAUUUCCCCCAGUAAUUUUCUUAAGCGUAAAAAAAACUAAUAUUAUAUGUGCAAUUUUUUAUUUUUGCAAAUUGGAAAAUUUUAACUAAAAGAGUUAAGAAAAAAAAUACGAGUAACUUUUAAUUUAACUUAACGAGUUAAAAAAAUCGUUAACUUGCCCAGCCUUGCCUAUAGCAUAUUUUGCACUGCGGUCUACAAAUAAUCAUUAACAGCAUAAGUUGUUGAAAUAUAUUUUUGUAGGAAAUAUAAAAUUAAUAUCUAAAAAGUAAAAUUUAUUAUCCGUUCGACAAAAAUAUUGUUUUGUCAACUCGAAACCAGUUUGAUUUAUAUUGACAAAUGAUACAGUACUAAUAUUAAUAUUCAUAACAGUUUAUUUUACUGGACAUCUGCCCAGCUUAGUAGUAAUUAACCUUAACUACAACUAAUAAAACAAAUUUAUUUGAAACUUGAUAGUAUGUAUUAAACUUACCUCGUUAGGUGUAAGUUCCUGAAUUUUCCCCGGUGUUCUCGGUUUGAAACAGUCUUUGAUAUUUUUUUGGGGGGAUUGGAAACGGCCAUUGCAGGUACGUGUAACGCGUUUAAACAAUCGAACUUGGUAAAUAUUACAAUAUUGAAUGUAUAAUAUCAAUGUUACUGUGAACUGUCACAAAUUAAUAAUUAUACAUUUAAACUGUAUUACGCGACAGCGUACUCAUUUGGUAGUCGUAAUCGCCAUUCGGAACCUAAUCGUAAACUGUAAUAACCUAUAAAUAGUUUAAUGAUAUUGGAACAAUGUGGUAUGCUGUGAAAACACUAUCCGCGAUUGGUGGAAUUUUUCCGAUAUAAUUUGUUAAAGCAAAUGCACUCGGACCGAAAAUGUCUAUAAAAAUUACUCAAUAUGUUUACGCGCAUUAAUGUUUGAAUAAUAAAUCGAUGAUGAUAAUAGUAAUAUUAUUAUUACGCACAUUCAUGAAAAUAAGACCAAUUUCGAAUACGUAAACGUAUAAAUUAAACGUGAUUUACUAUUGUAUACCCUUUAAUUUUAAUGUGAUAGGAGGGGGGGCAAAUUAUACUUUUGCCCCCCUUGGAUUAUAUCUGAAGGAUCAAUUAUCACCUCUGCCCUCCCUUCUCCGACGCCACUGCCUAUGUAUUGAAGUCUUAUACAGGUAAGUUGGUACGGCCCACGCAUUUAUAUAUUAUUAUUAUUAUUUUUUUUUUUUUUUUUAAUGGAUACUUAUUAUUUAAUAAAAAAGUGACCCAUAUUCGAUGUUAAUGUGAUUUUCAAAUAUGCGACAUACUAAAGAUCAUCGAUUUUCUGGAUAUGUGGACCGUAUUUUAGGAAACCAAGAAAAAAUGAAUAACUAAGUAAUACAGUGACGUGGAAAACCCGAUAUAAGUUAACUAUUUUUUUCCCCUUGAAGCGUAUCUACCUUAACAUUGAUAAUUUCCACUCAAGAAAAAAUGUUUAUGUCAACUCUGUAUACUUUGUAUAAACAAAACAAACGGACGUACUUCGCAAUUUGGGUGGGCCACUGUUGUAGGUGCGAAGCUGGGAAUUUGAAUGUUUAUCUAUAUGCAACGAUUAAUCAUUGCUAACGAAAAACGAUUCUACGUGGAGUUCGAUUAUACAUGUUUUAAAAGACUGUAAUAUAUACGAUUUGAAAAUAAUGCAUUUAUAAAUACACAAAAUUUAGGUGUUAAAACAAAUAUUCGUGUAAUUAAAAUACUAUUACGUCAAGUAAACUACUACGUAUUAGGUACGCUGGUACCAUACCGGUGUCAAAUUUACAAGGGAAUCGUGAUGUUAACGGAUUAGACCCCUGAGGCUUAAGUGUUAAAAGUCAUACAUUUUCUACAGUUUUACAUAUUAUAUCAUCAGGUACAUACAAAACAAUUUUAAAUGCGCCACUGCCUGAUACAUAUUAUAAUAGAAACCAUAAAUUAUCGAUUUAAUACAAAUAAAAAAAUUUCGUACCUAGGAAUAUUGAAAGGAAGACAACGUAGUUCACAUUAUGGGUGAACUACUGGUUGCAGGUGGAAAGUAAAGAUAUACGAUGUAAGAUAUUGGGGGAUGAUAAACUGGUACAAAAGUAGGUAAUCUCCUACAUUAACAUAGUGUUAACUCUUACAUUAAAAAUUUCUUAAGUUAUAAAAAGUAAAAUAAGAUAUUUUAAAAUAAGUAAAAAUCAGUCAUUAACUACAAAAAUAAGAGAUAGGCUAGUUAGAGAUUGUUGCAAUUCCAAUUUACGAAAAUAACGUAAUAGACGUUAUCGAAAUGUUUGAGAAUUUCCGAUAGGAUACAUUAUAUUAAUAUAUUAUCUAAAUUUUAUUUUACAUUUUACUAUCUUACAUUCAUAAGACCUUAAGAAUAUUUACCCAAAAUGCAACAAAAAAUAUCUCUUAUCAUUUUUCCAUUAAAGAACUAUUUCUGGUAUAAAAAGUCGAGAGCGUUAAUUUAAAAUAAUGUAAUCAUAAAAUUGUACGUUUUUUUCCACUUAAGUUCAAGUAUCUCAAAUAAACAUCAUUUUAAAACCAAUAUACAUUCCUCACUACUCAGAAUCUAAAAUGUAAAAAGGCACUGUGUAGGAGUUUACACUAUGUUUUAAAUACAAGUAAAAAGGUCAUUUUUGUAUGAGUUUACAUGUAGCCAAUAUAUUAGUAAGAUAAUUAGUUUACAUAUGUGCAUGAUGGCAACAAUAAAUUAUUGCAAUCAAAUAAUAAUUAUAAGCAAAGCUCGGUAAACUGUUAUGGUUCUAUAGUAUUAGACAUUAGUCGUAUUUUAUCUCUUAUCUAACCAAAAAAUAACAUAAAACUCAACAAAAAUAAAGCCAAUGUAUCGACAUUUGUUGUCAGUUUUUUUAGAUUUAGAUAGAAACAUAUAACAUGAAUAAUGUUGAGUUUUUUAACAAAAAACACAUCUUAAUUUAAAGCUACAUAUAUUCUUCACUACAAUUAUAAUAUAAUAACAAAAUGUAAGAUACAUUUAUUAUCUUCUUCUUCUUCUUUUUUUUCUUUCUUAGUUUCAGAAUUUAAGACCAUACUGCUAAACACAAACUUUGCCACCUGUACCCAGUGGCAGAGCCAGGGAUGGGCCAGGGUGGAUCGCGGCCCAUCCUAAAAUCUUCCUGGCCUCUGGCUGACCCACUCUGUAUGAUUACAAAGAAAUCUGUUUUACAAUACAUAUCAUAUUUUUAAAUAUAUAGAAAUAUGAAGAAAUAUAGAGAUCAUAGUUAUAUUUUAGUUAAUAUUAAUAAUCAAUGAUUUUCUAAUCUAUGUUACAUUAUAGAUAAGUUUCAAAUGUACAAAAUACAGUGAAUUUCAAAAUUAGUUUUUCUUAAUACAUAUUUCAAAAGUAUAAAUAAUGUAACUAUUAUACAUAACAAAUUAUAAUAAUGAAAAAUAUAUAAAAAAAAAUGGUUAGUAAAAUAUUAAUUAAAUAAAUACUGAAUGGUAAAUAUACAGGGAAUCGGGUGAAAAAAAUGAAUUAUUAUAAUACACAGCGAGUAAAUUAUAAAUCAAUUAACAUAAGGGUUUUGUUUAUUAAUCUAACAGUAUUUUUUUAUUUUAGAAUACUUAAUUUGAUCAUUUUUGGGAUAACUUGAUAAUUUAAACUAUUUGAUCACAAUCUUAACCAGACUUUUAUUCAUUCUUCAUCACCAUGCUGAUACUGAACUAUAAAAAUUCAAAGAAACACAUUAUAAAUAAACAAUUAAAUUUAUUUCCAAAUCAUAUGUUAGGGUGGACCUUAUUUAUAAAAGAAAAAAAAAUUGAUACCUACUUGUAAUGUAGGACCCCCUAAAUUUUUUCAUUUUUAUAAGAGAGUAAUUUUGAUUAAACUUGGUCAUGACUACUCUGGCCUCUUUCUGUGCUCCUGGAGUGUUGAAAAAUAGCCAAAUAGUGUAGUUUCAUUGUUUUAUAGGUUUAACUAAAGAAAUGUAGCACUAAGCAAAAAAAAAAAAUGUAUCACUUUAAUAGCUGUAGAAUGUAAAAUGUAAUACUUAUAUUAUUUCCUGCAAGUUGAUUAUUUUAAAAGGAAAAUAAUGAAUUCCAAAUUGUUUGAUUUGUUUGUCAAAAUUAAUAAUUUAUAGUUAUUAGUGAUAAAUUAUUUUGCUAAGUACUAUAUUUCUUUAGUUCAAUACAUAACAAAACAAAACUACCUUCAUUGGCUAUUUUAGUGGACUCUUAUAAUCGUACUAUAGAUGAAAUUGAUGGGUUCGUAAAACCCAAAAUUCAAAAUCUAAAGAACUUGCAUACCAUACUUUAGUUUUCAUGUUGAGAGGAAUAAAAAAAAAAAUUUAAGCAACUACUUUUUUAUAGUUUUUGUCAAAGAGCCACAAAUCAAUUUGAACUUGUAUGCCAAUUAAAAGUGGUAUUGAAACAUAAAUAUACUUGUACAUUUAUGGAAAUAUAGUAUUUCUUAUCUAAUAAUUUUCUUAUAUUUCAGGUAAUUAAACAAGUCAACAAUGUUGGAUUGCAUGUUAUUGCAAUAAUUUCAGACCAAGGACGAGCUAAUGAAGGUGCUAUUAAAAUUUUAAAAACUGAUACUAAAGCAUAUUAA